AUGGCUACUGUGCCGCCACCGCGCCCUGUUUUCAUCUACGGAUCCCUUAGGGCAUUGCCUUUGCUGGCUUGGGUUCUAACUGGAGAUUACUCCAACAUCAACGCCGUCGCCAAAUUCACCCAUCCAGCCCGAGUCAAUGGCUACGCGCGUUUUGCUCUCCACAGAUGCGAUUACCUAGCCACAAUCAAGCAUGAAUCUAGCGAGGUGGAUGGGCUGCUGGUACGUGUCGAGACGAAGUCCCAGCGCCAAAAGGUGCAUGACUUUGAAGGCGAGAUCUACAAGGCGAUGCCCGUGAACGUGAUCCUUGAGGGUAGAACCACAGUCGAUGCAGAUAUGUAUGUGUGGAACGGCGACGCAGAGAAAGUCUCCGAUAAACCAUGGGAGCUACAAGAUUUUAUCAACGAAAGACUUGAAGACUGGCUUGAUCUCUUUGACGGUAUUGAACUCGUUGGAGAUGAUGACGAAAUGCUAGCAGACGGCUAG